GGAGCGCUGGGAGGGGUCAUUAUUUCGCAGGGACCGUGGGAGGAGGAGGCAUUUCCGACACACCGACAGAAACGUGUAGCCUCAGAUUCAGCACCACAAGAUUAAGGAGAGCGUCCAGAUUGAGUCGAUUAUCACUCUUCGUGGGUUAACUGAACAGGAGGACACCAUUUUUUGGGAGUACUGACUGAGACAAGGCGCUGCUCACAGUUUGUGGACCUGCAAGAGGCGUCUCUUCCAACAUUUAAAAGAGAAUAUGACGACCGCCACUUCCCCUAUCCUGUUGAAAUGGGACCCAAAGAGUCUUGAGAUCCGCACCUUGACUGUGGAGAGACUUCUGGAGCCCCUGGUCACACAGGUCACUACACUGGUGAACACCAGCAACAAAGGGCCUUCCAGUAAGAAGAAGGGACGAUCAAAGAAGGCUCAUGUCCUGGCAGUGUCUGUCGAGCAGGCCACCCAGAACUUUUUGGAAAAGGGUGAUCAGAUUGCCAAAGACAGCCAGGACCUCAAGGAGGAACUCAUUGCUGCUGUGGAGGAUGUCCGUAAGCAAGGAGAGACUAUGCGCAUUGCUUCAUCUGAGUUUGCCGAUGACCCAUGUUCCUCCGUUAAACGGGGUACCAUGGUGAGGGCAGCCCGCGCCCUGCUGUCUGCCGUCACCCGCCUGCUCAUCCUCGCUGACAUGGCCGAUGUCAUGAGGCUCCUUGCACAUCUUAAAAUUGUGGAAGAGGCCCUGGAGGGAGUUAAGAAUGCUACCAAUGAGCAAGAUCUGGCCAACCGCUUUAAAGAGUUUGGAAAGGAGAUGGUGAAGCUCAACUAUGUGGCAGCCCGAAGACAGCAGGAACUGAAAGACCCUCAGUGCCGGGAUGAGAUGGCAGCAGCUCGUGGGGCUCUUAAGAAAAACGCCACCAUGCUGUACACGGCCUCACAAGCGUUCCUGCGCCACCCAGAUGUGGCAGCCACACGUGCCAACCGAGACUACGUGUUCAAGCAGGUCCAGGAGGCCAUUGGCGGCAUCUCCAGUGCUGCUCAGGCCACCUCUCCCACUGAUGAGAAGCAUGGCCAUGCUGGCAUUGGUGAACUGGCUGCUGCCCUCAAUGAAUUUGAUAACAAGAUCAUCUUGGACCCUCUGACAUUCAGCGAGGCUCGUUUCCGGCCCUCUCUGGAGGAGCGAUUAGAAAGCAUCAUCAGUGGAGCUGCACUAAUGGCUGACUCUUCGUGCACACGUGACGACCGCCGUGAACGCAUUGUGGCUGAGUGCAACGCAGUUCGACAGGCCCUUCAAGACUUGUUGAGCGAGUACAUGAAUAAUACUGGCAGAAAAGAGAAAGGUGACCCACUGAACUCAGCCAUUGACAAAAUGACCAAGAAGACCAGGGACCUGCGCAGACAGCUGAGGAAGGCAGUGAUGGACCACAUCUCCGACUCUUUCCUAGAGACCAACGUGCCCCUCUUAGUGCUCAUUGAAGCAGCUAAGAGUGGAAAUGAGAAGGAGGUCAAGGAGUACGCCCAGGUGUUCCGUGAACAUGCCAACAAGUUGGUGGAGGUGGCCAACUUGGCUUGCUCCAUUUCCAACAAUGAAGAGGGGGUGAAGUUGGUAAGAAUGGCUGCCACCCAAAUCGACAGCUUAUGUCCACAGGUUAUCAAUGCUGCUCUCACUCUGGCUGCCCGCCCCCAAAGCAAGGUGGCCCAGGACAACAUGGAUGUUUUCAAGGAUCAGUGGGAGAAGCAAGUGCGCAUCUUGACCGAGGCUGUGGAUGACAUCACUUCAGUGGAUGACUUCCUUUCUGUGUCAGAGAAUCACAUCCUUGAGGAUGUCAACAAAUGUGUAAUUGCUCUGCAAGAAGGAGAUGUGGACACUCUUGACCGAACUGCUGGAGCUAUUCGGGGCCGAGCUGCUCGUGUGGUCCACAUCAUUAACGCUGAGAUGGAAAACUAUGAACCAGGAGUCUACACUGAGCGGGUGCUGGAGUCCAUCAAGCUCCUGUCUGAGACUGUCAUGCCCCGUUUUGCUGAACAAGUGGAGGUAGCCAUCGAGGCACUGAGUACGAACCCCCCACAGGCCUUUGAGGAGAAUGAGUUUAUUGAUGCAUCCCGCUUGGUGUACGACGGCGUCCGUGACAUCAGGAAAGCUGUCCUAAUGAUAAGGACACCAGAGGAGCUGGAAGAUGACUCUGACUUUGAACAAGAGGACUAUGAUACUCGCAGCAGGACUAGCGUUCAGACUGAAGAUGACCAGCUUAUUGCCGGACAGAGUGCUCGGGCCAUCAUGGCACAGCUUCCUCAGGAGGAGAAGGCUAAGAUUGCUGAGCAGGUGGAGAGCUUCAGACAGGAGAAGUGCAAGCUAGAUGCAGAAGUCGCGAAGUGGGACGACAAUGGCAACGACAUCAUCGUGCUGGCCAAGCAGAUGUGUAUGAUCAUGAUGGAGAUGACGGACUUCACAAGAGGCAAAGGCCCCCUGAAGAAUUCCUCAGAUGUGAUCAACGCUGCGAAGAAGAUUGCAGAGGCUGGUUCCAGGAUGGACAAAUUAGCUCGUGCUGUUGCAGAUCAGUGUCCUGACUCAGCCUGCAAGCAGGAUCUGCUGGCCUACCUGCAGAGAAUUGCUUUGUACUGUCAUCAGCUGAACAUCUGCAGCAAGGUGAAAGCUGAGGUGCAGAACUUGGGUGGAGAGCUCAUUGUGUCUGGGUUAGACAGUGCCACCUCUCUGAUCCAAGCAGCCAAGAAUCUCAUGAACGCAGUGGUGCUGACGGUAAAGGCGUCGUACGUAGCUUCUACCAAGUACCAGAAGGUGUACGGAACAGCUGCGGUUAACUCGCCGGUGGUGUCCUGGCGCAUGAAAGCCCCAGAGAAGAAGCCUCUGGUAAAAAGAGAGAAGCCGGAGGAAUGCCAGACACGUGUACGACGAGGCUCCCAGAAGAAACACAUCUCCCCAGUCCAGGCCCUCAGCGAAUUCAAGGCUAUGGACUCCUUCUAAGAGUUAAAAAAAAAAAGUCAUGAAAAAUAGCAAAACAUGAUGCUGACAAGUUGGUGAAAAAGUCCCUUUUUACAUUGUGUUAACCCACUUCCGUUUGCUCUGUGUGUGAUUGGUGAAGCUCAGGAGGACCGCAGUACACAUGAAACUGCCUUACUGUGGCUCCAGUGAACACUGUGGUCUUCAUGGCUCACAGACGGCCAACACACACACAUACACACACACACACACACACACAUAUACACACACACACACACACACACAACAGUAUUUAUUAAUUUUAUUGAUCUUAUUGUAGCUUAAUAUGUGAGAGCCAAAAUGUGACAAGUAAUACUUCUGAAAACAUGGGAGUUACAACAUAUCAGAAGAGGAAGAAUGGCAUUUAAAAAAAACAAAAAAAAAAAAAAAAAAGAAAAUUUGUGGCCGUUGAUAUUCUAGCUAUAUGAUUAUUGUGCUACUGACUGGCUGCUUGUGAACACUAAAACUGUAUGAACGAAAACCCUGAAUGAGUAGAGAGGUCAUCUUAGAGGGACAAUAUCAAUGUUGGUAUGACCAGUCUUUAUUUUUUUUAUUUUAUUUUUUUUAAACCUGUUAAACUCUAGUGCUGGAAAUAACUUAGGUUUAAGAUAUUAAGAAACAGCAUCCAAGUAGUUUCCUUGUUCCCGAUUUAUGAUAACGGUAAAGAAAAGUCCAUAAAGUGUUUUUUUUUUUUCUUUUUCUUUUCUACCAAAGCACACUUAUGGUCUGUUGUAUUCCAUUUUGAAAUCCCUUUUAUUUAAUGAUUAUAUCACUAACUACGAUGACCUUGUUUGGAAGUUGUGUAGCGUAUAAUAUAGACAGAAAGGUUUGACUAGUUGUGGUUUGCUCAGAGAAUAGAUUCCCUGCAUACAGUAUCUUUAUAUUCACCCUUCUCUAAUAAAUCCCUCAACUUGA